AUGUGUCGAAAUCGUUGUGAAAUUUGUCGGAAAAAGUUGUCCACAUAUCAGCGAUUAAUAUGGCAUUAUGUUAGUGAUCAUUCUAAAUUUCAAUUGGCACGAGAAAUUCUUAAAUUAAGUAUAUCUAAUAUUAUGCCUAAAAGUUUGGGCAAGAGGAGGAAACUUGUUACAUCGAAUCCAUGUCUACAAUCCGGUAAAAUCGAAACUCUUUUUUCUAAUGACAGUGUGCAAAUCUUAUAUCAAAAUAACGACAUUAUUAUAAGAGAUGAUAAAAGUACAAUUGAUAUGGAAUUUUCAUUCGAUGAGAUCUCCGAUGAUAGCAGAGAAGUUUGUAUCACAGAGCCAAAGUUUGAUAAACAAUUUAUUGUUAAUAAGCAAGAUAAGUUAAACAAUAAUAAAAUUGCGAAGAAGCGACUGGAAAGUGUUACUGUAACAACGAUUGAAAACGCCACAAAUCCAGCAUCGUCAAGCAGCACGUCUUCUGAAGACAGUCCGAAGACAUUUUCAUUCAAGCAGCGGAUCAAAAGAAAACGAGACACAAGAGAUAAAGGAAGACAUUACAAAGUUAAUAUAACUCGUUCGAAGAAUUGCGGAUUUUUGGAUGAGACUUCCGGAAAAUAUUUUGAAUGCCACUGUAAAGGAACUACCGAAGAUCCGUUUGAGAGUACCAAAAUGAAAUCAGAAUCAGAUACAGAGUCCGCAUCCGAAACAGGGAAGAUGAGCUAUUUCAAUGAUGCAAAAGUAUUUUGCCGUAAUUGCGGAAAUGACUACAUGGAAGAAAGUUUGCUUUCACAACAUGCAAAAGUUCAUGAAAACCAAUGCAGAGUGUGCAACGAAAUAUUUCAGACUGAAGGAGCAUACAAAAUUCAUCAAUCCCACACGUUCCUAGUUUUUGUGUGCCAUAUUUGUAGUUAUGAGUUUCCAGCCAAACACUUUCUGGAAAAACAUUUGGAGGCACAUUUAGAACACUCAAUUUUCGAGUCAGUUAUAGAUAUGGAACAGGACUAUAACAGAAAGCAAUACACAAUGCCGAGUAUUUCAUAUGAAAGAUGCAUCAGUUCUAUAAUCACCUAUCUGGAAAAGACUGAUGGACCGAAAUAUACAAGUUCCACUAGUGGUAUGUCUUCAGUGAAUUGUGCAAUAUGCUUCACUGAAAUGUCCAGAUACGACUUUCAUACCCAUAUGCAAAAUGUGCAUCGCAUCUAUGGAUACAAUUGAGCAUUUUUAAAAUUCACCUCGUACUUAGAAAGUAAUCAGAGAAGUAAACUUCACGGACAAUUGUUACUACUUAAUAAUAUUGUUGAAUUAAUUGAUAUUUUUCAAGUAACGUUUUUUUUUGUGACAAAAACUGUGAGCGUAAUUAUUAUUUUGUUAAUAUUCAGCUAAGCAUACCUCAUCAUAAGUUUAAUUUUAUUAUGAGAAUUAUUGUAUUUUUGUUUAUUUCCUUUCCAUCUUUCCCAAAUAAUUAAGAAAUAAUUUUAUUUUUCAGCACUUUUAACUGUAAGUAUGAGACAUUUAAGUAUUGUAAGUUGCAUAUUUUCAAGGAAUAAAAACACAUUAUUUAA